GGGGGGGCGGGUUGCGAGCGGGCCCGGCUCAGCCUGAUUUACGGCUCUGCUGAAAACCGCUUUGCUCCCGCAACACUAGCACCGGCCGCGGCGGCAGCAGCAGCGGCUGCAGCUGCAGCAACAAGUCGGGACGUGAAGAGUAAUGCAACAGAAGGCUUUUGAGGAAAGCAGAUACCCCUGGCAGGAGUCCUUCGAGAAUGUUGCUGUGUGCCUGCCAUUCCGCUGCCCGAGGUGUGGAGACCAUACCAGAUUCAGAAGUCUGUCCUCGCUGAGGGCCCAUCUGGAAUUCAGUCACAGCUACCAGGAAAGAACCCUUUUGACCAAAUGCAGCCUUUUUCCGUCCCUCAAAGACACAGACCUCGUCAGUUCCUCGGAAGUCCUGAAGCAGGGAAAGCUGACGGGCGCCGGCCACGUGGUGAAGCGGAAACCCAGCUACGUGAACUUAUACAGCAUUUCGCACGAACACUGCAAGGACAGGAAGCCGUUCGAGGUGGUGGCCGAGCGGCCCGUGUCCUACGUGCAGACCUACGCGGCGGUGGACCUGCGCUCAGACUCGCCGGAGGGGCCGCGCGCCAGCCCCGGACUGCCCACCUCGGACACCAAAGCUGCUUUCGAGGCCCAUGUCCGGGAGAAGUUCAACCGGAUGGUCGAGGCCGUGGACAGGACCAUCGAGAAGAGAAUCGAUAAACUCACCAAAGAGUUGGCCCAGAAAACCGCCGAACUGUUGGAAGUUCGGGCAGCCUUCGUGCAGCUGACGCAAAAGAAGCAGGAGGUGCAGAGGCGAGAGCGGGCCCUGAACCGCCAGGUGGACGUGGCCGUGGAGAUGAUCGCGGCGCUCCGGCAGCGGCUGACCGAGUCCGAGGAGGAGCUGCUCCGGAAGGAAGAAGAAGUUGUUACAUUCAACCAUUUCCUGGAAGCAGCUGCUGAGAAGGAGGUCCAAGGGAAAGCGCGGCUCCAGGACUUUAUUGAGAAUCUGUUGCAACGGGUAGAACUGGCGGAAAAGCAGUUAGAGUACUAUCAAAGCCAGCAGGCUGCUGGCCUCUGCCGAGACAUCAGCGAGCACGUGGUUGCUAAAUCAGGGCUAGCAGCCAUACACAAAUAUGUAUUUGUUGGGAACACAGCCCUUACUUGGCGCUGCAGGAACAGGGUGAAUGAGCUUACAGAUAUCUCCUCAAAUAGGAAACCCAAAUGCCUAAGUAGAGGGCACCCACAUCCUGUGUGUAACCACGCGGAUCUCAAGAACCAUUUUCAUCCAAAAGGAAGGAGCUACCUGAGAAAAGCCAAGGAGGACAGAGCCAGCAUGCAGCCCGCUAAAUCCAUUCACGAACAGGCUGAGUCCCCGAGAGAACUCUGCAGACCAUCGAAGAAAGGGGAGCCUCUGGGGUUUAGCCGGAAAGGCAACAUCAGGCCCAAAAUGGCCAAAAAAAAGCCAACAGCGAUUGUGAACAUCAUCUAAAGGGUGGUGGCCCUGGACUACCAUUGCCGGCUUUGCAGAAUGUUGUUCUGGGGCCAACAAUAAUUCCCUUUGGGAUACAUCCCACAAUUAAGACACAUUGGAAAAAAGAAGGGCAUAACCCAUUUAUUUCAUGCCCAUACAGGCGCCUGUAUUAACCAGAAUUUAACAAAUGGGGAUCUUGGGGAACCAGAAAUUUAUGACAGGCCCCUUUUAGAAGCAAGAGGCAGAUUACAGAAAGAAUUGAAAAAAAAAAUGAAAACAGUCUUAUUCCAAAAUUUUAGUUAAACUUCCACCUUGUAAAACUACUCUCCAGUAGUUUCUGUACCUGGGGCUCUGUGUGGGGGUGAUUCAGCUGAGGCCACACAAAAUGUCAGGCAGUAGGAAAAAAGUCUUCUGUGUCUACUGCUCUCCAAAUUGUGGGGCAAAGAAUGGGAAUGCAAAGUUCUCUAAAUAGCAGUGAAAUAGUAAUAUUUUUGUUUGUUUUUAACUUUGCCCUCAAUUAAUUUGAAAGCUCAGAAUAAGGAUUCCUGUUUCCCCAACUAUUCUGGUUAAUCGAGAUUUCAGUGUUUGGGUUGCUUCUGGGACUUAUCUCGUUAGGCUUAAGUUCUCAUUUCUAGUUUGUUCGAUUCAGCUUUGUUUGUCUGGAUGCGUGUUUAUUCUGAUUUGGGGGCGCCUCUGCUCUCCCCUUGGGCUGAGUGUUCUGCACCCAAAGACCGAGCUGUAGCCUCUGUCUUUAAAGCCGUUAGUGUUGCCUAUGGUUGGGGUGGAAAACCCCAUCAAAACCUUACAACCAUAAAACCCUUUGAUCGGGGCCCAUCACCAGUUUGGGGUCUGAAGGGCUGGAACGGCAGCGGAUGGCACGUCUAGUGCAUCGUGAGCCGGGGCCUGGCAACACUGUAGACAUUACUCAGCCCUUCCCUGCUUCCCUGGUAGUAGCAGCAGCCGCUGUGGGCUGUGGGCAUGACUGUCCCCUUGCUGGCCUCACUUUUCCACCUCCCGCUGCUUCUGUGCCCUUUGAUGACUAAAUAUACGUCCUUACCUUUCAACCAGGUGUUUGAAGCAUUCACUGGACACUGCUUUCUAAAGUAGUUUCUGAAACAGUGCAUGUGGGAUCCACAGUCUGAGACUGUCCUCCUCUCCCUCCCUAAAAUAGCCUUUGUUUCCACAAAGAACCAUCUGUUAAGAACGUCCUGCUUUAUGGUUCUCUUCAAGAAUGAAUUUCCAUGUUUUUUUUUUUUUUUUUUUAAUGUUAACAAUAUCAUCAGGUCUUCAGAGUUUACAAGUGCUGACAUCCUUCUGGAAAAAAGAGUAGUUAUGUCCACAAAUGUAUACAUAUAUAUAUAUAACAAAAUAUAUAUGUCAGGUAUAUUAAUAAUUUAUUUUUAAAUACUCAUGCAAAAGGUGUGUGUUUGUGGUGGGUGGUUUUUAAACUCUAUAUGUUAGUUCAUGAAGUUGAAUUCUCUUAUUUUGAAAAUUAAAACUGUAACCUAAUUAACACUAGUAGAAUGAUUGUUGCAAUAAGCAUCAGAUUAGCAAUGCAUUAAAAAUAAGUAUAAUGCAGUUACUUAAAAUGCCAGUAAGUUGAAAAGUGUAACUUAUCAUUAUACGAACAUUUUGAACCUAUUAGUGAAAAUGUUGAUUUUUGAACCUUCACUUCGACAUCUGGCUCACAGGGGUGGGCCAUUCAUCUGGUAUAUAGGCAUCUAUCAAGUGGGAAAAAACAUUGCUGUGAAGUGAAUAUCACUGUUUAGGCUAACAUUAUAAAAAUUGUAGUGUUAUAAUUAUUGGUUUAUUUGGAGAGUUAAUCUCCUCCAAACUUAUUUAUUAUUGAUGUUUAUACCAUGAUUGCACUCUAGCCUUUUACAUACUAAAAAAUUGACUUGUUAGUUCUAUUGCAUGCCCUUUGUCCCGUAACACAUGUGUGCAAUGACAGCAACUUGUUUUAAAGGUGGUAGAGCCAGAUUUUUUUUCAUUUUAUUUAACAUAACCUACAUUUUCAGUUUUUAUUUAAUAUGCCUAGAGGGCAUGACAGCCCUCUUUGACAGUGGUACUCUGUGAUCUUCAGAAAGCACCAUAAUAUCAUAUCUACUCUAUGUACAUUACACAAGACAAAUGAUUUUAAGAUUUAUUGUAUUAAAAAUUCUUUUUAAUUCCAACUAAAUUCUGACCUUCAUACAAGGAAAUGCAUUAUAUAUGUUGUACUUCCUUAGAGACAUAAAUUUGCUGUUGAAACAUGGGAGCUGGCUCACUCUAAGGGAUAUUUCACUUACAUACCAUGGCCUGGGCCAUGUACCAUGUCCCACUUGGGUCUUAUUUUUAAAUAUAUAUAUAUAUAUAUUUUUUGUCCACACGGGCAGUCAACCUGCAAGUUGAUUUUUGGAGAAAUUACCAAAGUUUCUGGGAAAACAUGUUCAAGGCCGAACUGAAGAAUGGAUCUAAUUUUAUUAUUUGUUUUGUAAGGAAGAAAUUUUUCUUUGAACUGGUCUUUCAUUCUUUUAUUCCCAAACCAAGUUAUAGAUUUUCAACUGCAAAGUUCAGGUUGCUUAGACACUGUUUUCCAGCAUUCUGCAGGGUAGAUCAGUUGUAUGGAAGUUGGAAUGUUCUUUUCCCAGAAUUGAAAAGAAAAAGUUUUUAGAUUAUGAAAUAAAUAUUAUAAUAAUAAAGCUAUAUUUAUGACUAA